AUGAGGAAGUUUAUGGCUGAUUCAGACUUUCAUGAUGUUGGAAGCAUUGGACCAAGGUUCACUUUGUGUAAUAAUAAGGAAGGAGCUUCUAGGAUUUGGGAAAGGUUGGAUAGAUGCUUGUUGAAUUCGACUGCAUUACAAAAGAUCCCUCUAGCUAUUAUCAGGAACCUGGCAAGGGUGACUUCGGAUCAUAGUCCAAUCACUCUCAAAGUGGAUGAAAGGAUAUGUUACAGAUCUAGAGUAAUCAGGUUUGAGGAAACUUGGAGAUCAUACCCGGCGGCUAGAAGCAUAUUGCAACAUUCUUGGAGGAAGAAGGAUUUCGGUGAUGAGAGUGAAAUUCUGGAUAUAAAGCUUCACAGAACUCUUAAGGAACUAUUUUUUUGGAAGAAAAAUAAGUGUAAGAGUUUAAAUCAGUUGAAGGAGGAGUUAAAAAAGGAAAUUCUGGAGUAA